AUGGACAAGGACGAAUAUAAUAAUGAUGACACUCAGCUGGCCCAGAUGGGCCAUAAGUCUGAAUUGAAACGCAAUUUCUCAUUGAUUUCCAUGCUGGGUCUUGCUUUUGCUAUUCUAAACUCAUGGACCGCUCUUUCGGCCAGUUUAUCCCUCAGUCUGCCUUCCGGAGGUAGUGCAAGUGUUGUCUGGGGUCUUGUCACAGCCGGUAUCUGUAACUUGUGUAUGGCCACUUCGUUGGCUGAAUUCCUUUCCGCGUACCCUACCGCCGGUGGUCAAUACCACUGGGUGGCCGUUAUUUCAUGGAGAAGCUGGAUGCCGGUUCUGUCUUGGGUCACCGGCUGGAUCAACUGCUCUGGCUGGGUUGCGCUGGUCGCAACCGGUGGUCUCCUGGGCAGUGAGCUGAUUCUCGGCGUUAUCUCGUUGAUGAACCCGGCCUACGAGCCUCAGCGCUGGCAUCAGUUUUUGAUCUACCUUGCUUACAACAUUGUCGCUUUCAUCAUCAACGCCUUGAUGAAUAAUGUUCUGCCUUAUGUCACUAAGGGUGCUUUCAUCUGGUCGCUGACCGGUUUCGCCGUCAUUUGUAUCACGAUUCUUUCUUGCGCCUCCCCGACCUAUAACUCCGCAGAGUUUGUUUUUACCGAUUUCAUCAACACCACAGGAUGGCCCGAUGGAGUUGCCUGGUUGCUCGGACUCUUGCAAGGUGGUCUUGGAGUGACUGGCUUCGACGGCGUUGCCCACAUGAUCGAGGAAAUUCCUAACCCCUCCAUCGAAGGACCCAAGAUUAUGAUUGCCUGCGUUGGUAUCGGUACCGUUACUGGUGUCAUUUUCCUCAUUUGCCUGCUAUUUGUGGCUGGUGAUAUCAACAAGAUCAUUGAAUCGGCUGCCACCCCCCUGCUUGCAAUCCUGAAGAACGCCACUCAAAGCAACGCUGGCGCUAUCUGCCUGUUGAUCUUCCCCCUCGUCUGUGUCCUGUUUGCCGCAACAGCUAUCAUGACCACUAGCAGUCGCAUGAUCUAUGCGUUCGCCCGUGACGGUGGUCUCCCUGCUUCGCCGUUCUUCUCUCGCGUUCACCCCAAAUUGAACGUCCCCUUGAACUCGCUUUACCUCAACCUGGCCCUGGUAACCAUCUUCGGUUGCAUCUUCUUGGGCUCUUCUAGUGCUUUCAACGCCAUUGUGUCGGCAUCUGUCGUGCUUCUUGAUAUCUCCUACGCAAUGCCAAUUGCUGUCAACUGCUUCCGCGGAAGGAAGAUGCUCCCAGAGCGUUCCUUUGCCCUGGCACCAUGGUUUGGCUGGACCAUCAACAUAAUCUCGGUUGCUUAUAUCUCCCUGACAACCAUUCUUUUCCUCUUCCCUCCCUCUAUCCCUGCUACUGGUAGCAGCAUGAACUAUUGUGUUGCGGCAUUUGGAAUUGUCUUUAUCAUUUCCACCGUUCAAUGGUUCGUGGAUGGCCGAAAGAACUUCGUCGGCCCUCGUAUGGAGAUGGAAGUGUUCACCGGAGAAGCUGGCCCUCAACCGGAGAAUCCUAUCCCUGUCAUCGAACAGCAUAAGAAAUAA